GGUGUUGUAUUUAUUUAAAAGAAGAAAACAUAACUUCAAGUUAUUAAUUCAGCUGACUUGACCUGUGCACAAAUCAGUAGCGAGUUUGUUAUCGAGCCAGCCGUGAGAGACCUAUAGAAAGUAGCAUGAGUGAAGGAGUUUGUUAAAAAUUGGGAACAAUUUCGCUAGACAGCCUCGUGUCGUGAAUGAACAACUUUUGAGAAAGCGGAUUGCGAAAAUUGUUAUAUAAAUUGUGAAAAAUGUUGUCCACAUUGAUUAAAGCUGGCCCCCUGCAGACCAUCGGCCGUCAGCUGGCACGGUCGGCAGAGACUCCCGUUCAGAUCCAGCAUGUCCGGGCCAUCUCAAAGAGCAGUGAAGUGAACUCAGAUUACAUGACCAUGCGAGAGAACCAGAACCAGAAAACCAGUCGUGACUACAACAGCAAGAUGCAGCUAAGACUGAAGAAAGUAUCGAGGACAUUAUCCACCCUCAACAACUCGGUAUCUGAAGCGGCCACACAAACGGCCGUCACCAAAAGCGAGAGCCGUGAGUUCAUGGCCGUCUUUCCCGAUCUAGUCCGUGAUUUGACUGAGUAUUCUAAGAAAUACGACAACACAUUGGCCCCCAAGUGGUUCGUCCGGGCCUUGCAGUACAAUGUACCGCAGGGUAAGAAGAACCGUGGUCUAGCUGCCGUCCUGGCUUACCGGAUGCUGUCCAAGAGUGAGGAUCUGACUCCGGAAAACAUUCGACGAGCUCACUACUUGGGUUGGGUCAUUGAAAUGUUCCAAUCGGUGUUCCUUAUUUGUGAUGAUGCAAUGGAUGGCAGUCAGACUCGCCGUGGUCAGCCAUGUUGGUAUAAACUGGAGGACGUUAAACUUUCGGGUAUCAACGAUGCCCUGAUGAUCGAUGCAGCUAUCUACUACGUGCUGAAGAAGCAGUUCGGGGACGAAUCUUACUACACCAAAUUGGUGGAACUGUUUAAUGAAAUUAAGUUCAUCACAACCAUCGGACAAUCGUUGGAUCUCCGAUCGGCCAGGAUGGAUGUCACGAAAUACACGAUGGAUCUGUACAAAUCCAUCGUUUGUCAUAAGACUGCCUACUACACGUUCUACCUCCCGGUGGCCCUGGCCAUGCACAUGACUGGUUUCACCGAUCCGGAAGUAUUCCGCCAGACCAAAACCAUUCUGCUGGAGAUUGGUCUUUUCUAUCAGACUCAGGAUGACUUCCUGGACUGCUUCGGUGAUCCAGCUGUUACCGGUAAGAUCGGUACCGACAUCGAGGAAGGUAAAUGUACUUGGCUGUCCGUCGUAGCAAUGCAGCGCGCUUCCGAUGACCAGAAGGAACUUAUGAAACAGUGCUACGGAUCUAGUGACCCGGAGAAGAUAGCCCGUGUCAAGAAGCUAUACGAAGAGCUGGGCCUACCGACGACCUAUGCCAUCUAUGAGGAAGAAUCGUACAACAUGAUUAAAACUCACAUUCAGCAAAUUUCCAGAGGACUUCCGCACGAACUGUUCUUCAAAAUUAUGGAGAAGAUCUAUCGUCGGGAUUGUUAGAUCAUCCGUUAGUUGGAUGGCAACCGAAAAGGUUGCAACAGAAUAAUUGUAGAAUUAGGAACCUUUACUACCUGUAACUUUUCCUCCUAAAAGACUGGCCAAACUGUCUGCCAGUGUGCGUUUUGAUUUAGAAAAAUAGAAGUGGCCGAGGUUUUUAGAAAAUUUUAGCCAUCAGUUCAUUUACUUAAUCGUUGAUUGUAAAAUAACGAUAAUUUGUGAUGAUGUGUUUCGUAUUUUAAUCAGGAUGAAUUGUACUUUGGCAUGUUCAAUCCAGGAUGUUGAAUCGCAUUUAAAAAUUUACACUAAAUUGUCAUUUCUACCAGCUGAGUAGAAGGGAGUAAUCAAAGCAACUACACAAACAUAUUGAUUAAUCAUUGAUUUCGAAUAGAGAAGCCUUAUUGUGUAUGCUUUAAUUAUGAUCUUUUGGAUAUUGAAUAAUAUCAGGUGUAAGUCAUUUUUAAUUAAGGACAAACGAUAACUAUUUGAUACACUUUCAUGUAUAAAAGAUCAUCAUUAUUCAUUAAUAUAUAAAUUAAAUCAAUAAAUGAAAACAAAAUAAAA